GCAACGGGACGCGGAGCCGGGCGGCGGCGGCGGCCGCGGGCGCCUCACGCCAUGUCCCACAUCUUGUGCGAGUGGCUCAACCGGGACGUGAAGCUCUCCCGGCGCAUCGUUCCAGGAUCAUUUCCAGAAGAUUUUUCUACUGGCUACCUCCUAGGAGAACUUCUACACAAAUAUGGUCUUCAGGAUGACUUUAAACAAUUUUCACAGAACAGAGGUGCAGAUGCAAAAAUUAACAAUUUUUCUCGCCUGGAACCCACACUUCACCUCCUUGGUGUGCAGUUUAAUGAGAAUAUGGCCAAAGACAUCAUGACAAGACAGCAUGGGGCUGCAACAAUGCUUUUAUAUGAAUUGUAUAUUGCUUUAGAAAAAAAGAGGAAAGCAAAGCUCACUGGAGUAGCUGUGGAAGCAAUGAGACCUGCAGCAACUGCAAAACUUGCAUCUACUGAAAGGGGAAAUGAAGAGAAUCACAUAGGAAGGAGACAAAAUGAAAUAAUGGCCAGGAUUCAAACAGCUGUUAUACAGAUUCAAAAACAACCAUCAAGACCUACUAUAAAAUCAUUUGAAGCCAAAAGAUUCUUAAAGAAGAAAAGAGAAGCAGAGAACGUAUACAAGGAGAUAGAAAAGUUUGAGAAGUCUAUGACUGGAAAUGUCUCUGCAGUACAUGACCAUGUGACUGACAGUGAUGUGCAAGAAUUAUUGCAAACACAGAAGUCUCAAGCAACAGGUCUAAAAACUAUACCAGAGAAGAGAACUGAGCUGUUAAAUAUUUAUUCAGAUGAUGAAUAUAUAAGGAAAAUUCAAAAACGUGUACAGGAAGAUACAUUUGCUAGAGAGCAACGAGCAAAGAGACGACGAAAAAUGCUAGUGGAUCAGUUAGCAGCACACGAGGCUCAAGAGAAGACUUACCGGGAGGAGCAGCUCAUUUACAGACUAAUGAAACAAUCUCAGCAUGAGCGAAGGAUUGCUGCUCAACUCAUGCAUGUUCGGCAUGAAAAAGAGGUGCUAAGGCAGAACAGAAUUUUCAGGGAAAAGCAAUAUGAAGACAGACGACAGAAGGAGUUCCAGGAAGCUCUUGACAGAGAAGCGGCUCUUGCAAAACAAGAAACUAUUGAUAAUGAAGAACAAAUAACCAGAGAAAGAGAAUACCAUGAGAAAAUUUCUGCUGAAAGAGCUCAGGCACGCUAUAAAAAGCAUUAUUCUAUAUGUUGGGAAAUGGUAGGCCAAAUCAUUGAUAUGUCAACAAAAGUAGGUGAAUAUCGUCAACUGACAAACAACCAUAUUCCACCAAAGCUCAUGAUGGAUUGGAAGGAACUUUUUUUAAAUGGAAAACCAAUAUAUGAACAAGCCUCAAUUCAACCUUUGCCAGAUGAACCUAGCCCAGAACAAUUUGUAGAGCUGAAUAAACUGAGUCUGUUAGAUGAAAAAGAUUAUGGUGAAUACAAGAGUAUGACAGGGGAAUGGAGACCAACUGAAGAGAACAGUGAAAACAAACCUCCUCUUAAUAAUAACAUAUUGGGUCAUGUGCUUCGUAGACUGAUGGAAAUGUUCUAUCCUCCAAAACCCAAAUCUUCACGUGAAUUUCCUUCAUUUCCCAUCAAGGGAUGUGUUUUGGGAAAAAUGUUUAGUGGAAAAACUACCUGUGCAAAGUUUGUUGAAAAAGUUUGCAAUAUUCAGGUACUAUCUGUUGGUGCUCUGGUUCAGGAGGCCAUUGAAGCUUUUCUUAAUAACGAAAUGAAAAGUGAACCCAGCAUAAUUUCUCAGGAAGUAGAGAGUUCUGGAGAACAAAAUGAGGCCCAGGACAACUUAGUGAAUUCACCACCAAAUCUUCUAGAGGAACUCCAAACAGAACCCACCACAGAACCUAUUUUAGACUAUUGUCCUGUUGAAAAGGAUCCAUCCCAGGAAGAAUUUGAAUUGGAUAGCAGUCAGGAUGGCCUAUCCAAGCUAUCUGUACGUGCCCAACUUGGUGCUGCAUCACAGAAAUGGCUGAAGAAUGGAAAAAGUGUUCCUGAUGAAUUACUAAUAGACAUCCUAUUGGAAGCCAUUGCCCAAAUACCACCAGAGAAGGGGUGGAUUGUGGAGGGGUUUCCAAUGACAAUUAAUCAGGCAAAGCUAUUUGAAAAAUCCUAUACAGGGAUUGAUGUAGAAGCAAAAGAUCCAAUUUCUGAAAAGCUGUCCCUUGCUAUAGAUCCCAGAGCCCCUAAUGAGCCUCCUCCUACCUCACCUGCAUUUGAUGUUUCUAUAUUAUUGGAUAUUUCAGACAGUCUGGUACUGAAACGUGCAGCUAACGUGAAGUUAGAUAAAAGAAAGGCAUCUCAGGCUGAACAGAGCAGCAAUCAAAAUUCAGAUGCCCAGUUCCUAGAAGAGAAGAUUGACUUGGCCAGGGAGCAGGUGCUACAUAGAAUUUCAGGCUUCCUAAAGACAUGGCCAAAAUUAGAGAAAUGGUUUUCAGUCCAUCAAAACAAUCUAGUGAAAGUAAAUGCAGAGACAGAAGAAAGUCUUGUGUGUGAAACAGUGAAGGAAAUUAUAAUAGAAGAAAUUGUGAAAAAUCAGGAUAGAAGGUCUGCUAAAGAAAUUGCACCAGAAGAAAAUGUUUCAUCAAUUACAGAUGAAGAAGUUUUACCAGUCAUAGAUGAAGAAGAAAAGGUUUUAUCAGUUACAGAUCAGCCUUCUCCCUUUCCUGAGGCACCACCAAUGGUUGAACCAGGAUCAGAUGAAUGGAUUUAUGUAGAUGAACCACUUCCCCAGGAGAUAAUUGAUUUUUUAGUACCUUACUGGGAAAUGGUAGAAAAUGCAUAUAUGAAUACAAUCAAAACUGUACUUAGAUGUCUAAGGGAUGAACAGUACACUAUAAUCCAUUACACAUCAGAUAUUAGAAAAAAAUUUCAAGAUUAUUUGAAACGUCCACAUCUUAAGCAGGAGUUUGUAUCUCAGUGGCAAAGAGAUUUUAAUUCAAUUGCUGAUGAGCUGCAAGAUGAUGAGGAAACAAAAGCUGAACUACACCAAAGGGUUACUGAUCUAAGAGAUCUUCUCUGGGAUAUCUGUGACAUCAGAAGGGAAGAAGCAGAGCUGGAACGUACUGGUAUCAUGAAUGAAGAGUGGUUACCAGAUCGUAGGGGGAUUGCAAUGAACCAUUUCUUUACACUUAUGCAGACUGAACUGGAUCGUUUCCAAGAUACAAAGCGACUUCUUCAUGACUAUUACAGGGCAAUGGAAGGAAAAAUCCCAAUAGAAGACGCUCAAGAUUUUACUAGAAUCCCAUUGUUAGAUAUUAUUAAUGGAGAGCAGAAGGAAGAUCAAGACAAAUCAAGAAGGAUUCCUCUAGUUUCUUGGAAACCACCUUCACCAACUGAUACCGAGUCAGAAAAGAGUGGAACUCAGAAGAGCAGUCUUAAGGCUAAGAGUUCUGAAAGUGAAGUGACCACUUGCAGGAAUGAUAAAAAUCUUAUUACUCAUACAUGGCAAACAGCAGUAACAGCAGUAUCAGAUAUGGUAACAGCUGAAAUAGAGUUUAGAGAAAUGGAGGAAGAAAAAGAAUGUCAGCUAAAACAGAAACCUUCGAAAGCUGCACAGAAACAACUAGACAAAGCGGCUGGGAAUGAUAGCAAAGGUUCCAAAAAGACGUCUUCCAAAUCACCUCCUAAAAAAAGAGGAGCAAAAGCCAAUCCAGUUCCUGUAGACCCAGAAGAAUUAAGGAAAGAAGAACUGGCACUAAAAAUAAAGCAAGAAUAUUUUAGUGCCUUGAAACAUGAGGAGGCAGCCACAAAAUCUCGGCUAGAACUUAUAAAAGAAAAAGCUUUAGCAUUUCUUGAGGAUCUAAAAUUUAAAGCAGAAGAGGCUUAUAGAGAUAUGGAAAAGUGGCUUGGAUCCACCUUCUUGGAGGAGAAAUCAAGUGUUGAAAAACUGAUAGAGGUUGCACGACAUCAUAUUGAGAGUUCUAGCAAAAUACAAUAUGAAAUGACUUUAGAAGGAACAGAUUUCUUCAUCAAUAGCGAUAUAAAAAUGGUUCCUGACCCUGUUCCUGACCCUGUUCCUCCACCAGAAUUUCAACGCAUUGAAAUCUCUGCAAGCAGUACUCUAACUAUUUCACAACUUACUACACUUCAUAAGCAGUUUCUAUGGCUGGCACCUAAAGGUCUUAUACCAAAGAAAGUAUUUAUUGAAACUGUUUGUGGCUUGGUUAAUUUGAAUCUUGGAAUAAAUUACUUUCCUGAUGCAUGGAAGAACUUAACACUUGCAGAUUUAGAAAAUCUGGCAUCUGAAUUCACAGUGAACUCAGAACUUACUGACUGGCGCAAAUUCUUGCUGGCAGCAUCACAGCCUUGGCCAGUACCAUCUGUGACACAACUCCUCCAAACACUGCAUGUCUUCAAAUCUGUUGAUGUCACUGGAUCAGGCUUCAUUACACAGGCGCACUAUUUACAGGUUGGCUUAUGGUUUAAUGGAAAUGAAGAGCUAAGCAUAACAGAAAAUUGCGAAGAACCUGUGUCUUUAGAAAGGCUAAAACACCUCAUAAAGUUUUUCUUCCAUUUAUUUGCGGAUACCAAAAAAGACUCUGCUCUGCUGGACUAUAUUGAGAUGCUGCUUUAUUUCGCCUCCCACUCUGAUCCAGUUGAAGGUGUAUACAGAGCACUUAGCAUUGCUACUGGAACAUGCAUUCACAGAAAAAAGAAAGCUUCCCUUCCAUGUGUGGAUUCUUCAAGCCUCAACAUAUUGUCAAAUGAAAAGACUUUAAAAGAGGAUGAAAAAGAAGUCUUGAAUUACACAGGUGAAGGAAUUAUUUCAGUGGCAUCUCUACUCAAAGUGUUUCAUACUGGAGGAAGCAAAGAUGAAGAUUAUCAUAGAUUUAGCUGUCUGGAGAAGGAAGACAGCUAUGAUAAACACUUCAUCAAGAUGUACCAAGAAUUAGGUGCUGAAGAUCUGACACCCAUUGCAGUUGAACUCCUUUUGAAGCAUCCUUUCAUGGAAGAUUUGAUUAACACAUGCCAAGAGUACAAACUUCCUGAUAUAAAAGUCUUUCUCCAAAGAUCCAAAGAAGCACAAUCAACUGAUGGGGAACAAAACACAUGUGAAGACAUAAAUGUAUGAAAAACUACUGUUUAUGAACAUUAAGAAAUCUUUUUUCUCAAAGUCUGUAAGAAAUGUGUCUUACAGGUACAGUCCUCUCUUCCAUGAGAAAUGUUUUUUUGUUUAUUGUUGCAAGAGCAAAAUCCCAUCCAACUACACAUUUUCUGUUACUUUAAAAUUAAAAUAAACAAAACAACAAAACCACAAAAAGGGAAAGUUAUGGUUUGCUCAUCUUAAAUAGUCUGAUGAUAUUUCUAAAUAAAAUUAAUCCCAUUUCUGAACUUAAAUAGAGAUGGUAAUGUUGGCAUUAAGAUAUGGUUAAAGAAUAUAUCCAGUUCUUCUAAAUGUACUAAGAUAUCUAUUCAGCUUUUGUUAUCUGUACAGUUUAUUAAUUAAUUAACUUUUAAUGAAUUUAAUGCUGUAAUCAAUUAAUCUUUUAAAGCAUGUUGCAAUUUUUAAUUAAAAAAAUAAAUGAAAAUUGUUUUCUCUAAGACCAGGACAAA